AAUGAUUUUUUCUUUUUUCAGACUAAUAGGGAUGCCAAAGGAAAAAUAUGAUCCUCCAGAUCCUCGCAAAAUUUAUACCAUCAUGUCAGCAGAGGAGGUAGCCAAUGGGAAAAAAUCUCACUGGGCAGAAUUAGAAAUCUCGGGUAGAGUGCGGAGCUUAAGUACAUCACUUUGGUCAUUGACACACUUGACAGCGCUGCACCUAAAUGACAAUUUUCUUAGUCGCAUUCCACCUGAUAUUGCCAAGCUUCAUAAUCUGGUUUACCUGGAUCUGUCAUCCAAUAAACUCAGAAGUUUACCAGCAGAACUAGGAAACAUGGUGUCUCUCAGGGAAUUGCUUUUAAAUAACAAUCUGUUACGGGUUUUGCCUUAUGAACUUGGUCGGCUCUUCCAGCUACAAACUCUAGGUUUGAAAGGCAAUCCUUUAUCACAGGAUAUUCUCAAUUUAUACCAGGACCCAGAUGGAACCCGAAAGCUACUGAACUUCAUGCUUGACAAUCUUGCAGUUCAUCCAGAGCAGCUUCCUCCGAGGCCAUGGAUUACAUUAAAAGAACGAGACCAAAUUCUGCCAUCAGCAUCAUUCACGGUUAUGUGUUACAAUGUGUUAUGUGAUAAAUACGCCACCCGGCAGCUAUAUGGCUAUUGCCCAUCCUGGGCAUUAAACUGGGAAUACAGGAAAAAGGGAAUUAUGGAAGAAAUUGUUAACUGUGACGCAGAUAUCAUUAGUCUUCAGGAAGUGGAAACAGAGCAAUACUUCACUCUCUUUCUGCCAGCAUUGAAGGAGCGUGGAUAUGACGGAUUUUUUUCUCCAAAGUCACGUGCCAAAAUCAUGUCUGAGCAGGAGAGAAAGCAUGUGGACGGUUGUGCAGUAUUCUUCAAAACAGAAAAAUUUACAUUGGUGCAGAAGCAUACAGUGGAAUUUAACCAAGUGGCAAUGGCUAAUUCAGAUGGAUCCGAAGCUAUGCUGAACAGAGUGAUGACAAAGGAUAAUAUUGGUGUUGCUGUGGUAUUAGAGGUCCACAAGGAACUAUUUGGAGCAGGUGUGAAGCCUAUUCAUGCUGCAGACAAACAGCUGCUUAUCGUGGCAAAUGCCCACAUGCAUUGGGACCCAGAGUAUUCUGAUGUGAAACUCAUCCAGACCAUGAUGUUUGUCUCAGAGGUGAAAAACAUUCUGGAGAAAGCUUCUAGUAGGCCUGGCAGCCCAACCGCAGAUCCUAAUUCCAUCCCGCUGGUGCUAUGUGCAGAUCUUAACUCAUUGCCAGAUUCAGGUGUUGUGGAAUAUUUAAGCAAUGGAGGAGUAGCCGAUAACCAUAAAGACUUCAAGGAACUAAGGUACAAUGAGUGUCUUAUGAACUUCAGCUGCAAUGGAAAGAAUGGAAGCUCAGAAGGGAGAAUCACACAUGGCUUCCAACUGAAGAGCGCCUAUGAAAAUAACUUGAUGCCUUACACCAAUUACACCUUUGAUUUCAAAGGCGUGAUUGACUACAUUUUCUAUUCCAAGACUCAUAUGAACGUGCUUGGUGUCCUGGGGCCUUUAGAUCCUCAAUGGCUGGUUGAGAACAACAUCACUGGGUGUCCACACCCACACAUCCCUUCAGACCACUUCUCACUGUUAACACAACUUGAACUCCACCCUCCACUCCUGCCUCUUGUCAAUGGUGUUCACUUGCCUAAUCGGAGGUAGUGGAGUACUGCCCCGCAAAGACGGGGAUCCGUUGCUAUGGACCUGUACAGUUGUAAAUCAAAGUAUGUAGGAGUGAAGUAUGGCCAUCCUUAAGCUGCUUCUUCAGGUUCCUUUCAUUAUGUGUUUGCUAUAAGAUUUUGUACAUUUUUGUGCAUAUUGGCAUCAUUUGGCACUAGAGCUGGAACCAAAGUAUUACUCUUUCCAAAUUUUUAAUUUAUAACAUGAUUUUAAAUUGGACCUUCUUCAUAUUAUAUUAGGAGUCAGCAUUCAUAAUUGAUAAAUCACCAAUUCGAGGCCCAACAAGUGUGUUUUUCCCCCCCAAAACAAAUAUUUUCCUUUAAAUGGUUUCAAAUGAGCCAACCAUUUUUGUAAAGGGCAAUUUUUAAAAACGUGUAAGAUUUUAAACUUGAUGGUAUGCCUUGCAGGGAAAACUUUCUGGAAUUUUUUUUUUCCAUUAUAACAAACUGAUUUUUGGCUCCCAAAAUCAUUUGCACAUUAACAAAGCACUUAAAUUUACUAGAUCUGUACAUAAACUAUGAUAUAGCCUCUAGCCAUAAUAAGAAAAAUUGAGAAAUUUAGGAUGGUUGCACAAUAUGCUUUCAAAAUCAAGCAGUUAACGGCACAUGACAGUUUGUUGGGCAAAUGCUUGUUGGUUUUUUGUUUUUUGAGGAAUCACUCUGAAUUUUGUUCCCCUUUUAGUUGUAGCCUUAUUAGAAGUAUUAAUUCCAAGCCUGUCUCUCCAGUUUAUUUAUAGGGAAACAGCAGGUGAUUUUACUACCACACAUUUUGAAAAUAGGGUUUUCUGGUAUAUUUAGGAAGCCCACAAAAUUAGUGCCCAGUAUUUUUCAUUAUCCCCAUCUACCCUUUACUGCCUGGUUGUGCUGGAGAAACAUAUUAUAUGAUUUAUGUCAUUUUUGCUCUUAUAGUCAAAUGUUAAAAGAAACCUACUGAAUGAAAACACCCUGAGCAAAGUUUUAGAAGGGGAAAGCUAUUCAAAUAUUUCAUGUAUUUCCCAAAGUAGGUCAAGUGGCUUUUGGCUUUGGCUUUUUGAGGCGACAAUAGAAAGGAUUUAGGGGAGAGGGACAGGGAGUAGUUGAAAAUCUUGGAUCAUUUUUCCUGACUCUAGUUGCCAAAUGGCCGUUAUAUGCUUUAAAUCUUUGUUUCUGUUGUCUGUCAGGGUUGAAUUAAGAAGCUACUGGUUUAUUCCCAACUGUUGAUACUCUUUAGAUAUGUUGGAAUCCUUUUUUUGCCCAUGAGGGCCAGUUGAAAAUCUGUGACUCAAGAGGCAGUGAAGACAAUAUUGUUUUCUGGGGGGAAAAUUGGUUGGCUACUUGAUGUUAAUUAUGGCACAGUAACAGGAAAAGGUUGUGUCUGUGUUUUUAAGUUUUUCUUUAUUCUGCUUUUUUGCUGCUAUAAGAGUUUUCUGAAUUUAUAUUUUAAACUUUUCAUGCACUUUACUGUUUCUAGUCUCAAAAUGUGAUAUUUUUAAUAAACAAGAAAUUUUCCAUUAUGUGAAUGAAAUUUUAAAAGAAAAUAGCCUAUAUUUGUGUCUCACUAAUAUAUAAAGUACAAGUCAAAUUUAAAUUAUUUAAUUAGUUUUAAAUAUAUACAAUUAGUCUCCUCUUUCAAACCUGACAUCUUAGGCUGUUUUAUUAGUCUUAAAUGAUGCUUUUCCUUUGGUUAUUUCAUACUAAUUUCUUCCAUAGUAAAUUAAUCAGGCUAUAUAAUAUAAUAUUUCCCUGAAGGGUAAUUUUAGUGGAAUGAGGGUGGUGGGAUGGUGUAAUAUCAUAUAUGGGAUUGCAUCAGAAGGUUUCUGUAAAGCCUAAACUCCCUUUUAAAAGUGCCUAGUGAUGAGGCAUUGUUUGUCAUCUAUUAAAAUUGGAAUGUCAUUGUAGUUGAGUGAAGUUUGAUGUAAGUAAAAUAUUCUUUUAAAAAUGUUAAAGUACCAGAAUAAAUAAACACACAAAGAGACAACCCUUAAGAUGACAGAUUUUCCUCAGUGUGCAGGUAUCCCUUGUUAUAUACCUCAAGCAUUCAACAUCUAGCCAUGCAAAUUGAUUACCUGAAGCAUAGUACUGGAAAGUAGAAUAGCAUGAAAAACUUAAUUUUGUGGACAUUACCUUUUUUUGUAAUCAGCUACUGUAUGUUUUAUUUUAAAUCUUUUGUUUUGAGUGGGUUUUCUGCUCUGGAGGUAUAUGCACUAACAAAACAUUUUCCUCCUUUCAUAUACGCAUGUUAAUUAGCAAUGUGAGCAAUAUUUCCUACCAUACUUCACUCCCAAUAUUUUUUGAGAUGUUUGUAUAAAAUGGAAUUUAAAGUUCACUUAUGAUUGUAUAUGAACCACAGAGGAGCCCAUUUAUUAAUAAAAAACUUUUUUAAUAGUUAAAUGUAGAGGGAAAAAUAAAAAAAUUUGGGAAACAUUGUAAACAGCUUAAGUUUAUUUUGUGUAUGAUUGAGGCACUCUGUUGCAGGAAGGUGUGUAAUUGGGUUCUCUCUGCUUCCAAAUGCACUCUUUCAGACCAUUCAUUAUCCUGUGUAUUUUUAAUGUGGUUUAGUAAAUGUUGGUAGUAGCUUUGUUGAAGUAGGUAAUUGUGUUAUGUUUUGGGUGGCACACUUACUUGGGGCAUGGUGACCCAAAUUUCAUGUGCACGGUUUCCCUUUAGCCUACUGCCCAACUUUCACACACCCUUCACCCUUUGUUCCCUUUGUAAAAGGAGUGGUAUCUGUUUUGAGCUGCCAAUUCAGAUGAUCAGAAAUGCUGCUCUCCUCCGUAUUGUCUUGUUAAAACCCAUGCCAUUUGGAACUUUGGCAGUGACAAGCCAAAAGGAAGAAGAGGUGAAUGACAUAUGGUAUAUAUUCAAUGAGAAUAAAAUAUUUAUGCUCAUAUACUUUCUAGUUCUCAGAAUAAGUUAAUAAGCUUUAUGCCAUUGGGCUGCUGCAUAUUUUAUCUGAAGAUAAAAGAAAAUUUGGGCAUUUUUAGAUUGUGCUAAUGUGUUUUUUUAACUGUUAAAUAUGAUUUCUGGUAUUUAUCUAAGAACUGGAGUGUUCUUUCAGUUUAUUAAAACAGUGUUGUUUGAGGAAGGGAAAACUGCACUGUUUGCCGUUACAGCAGCCAUGCAAGUGCAUGUCAAGUCACCCACUCUCUCAGGCAUCAGUAUCCGCCUCAUAGCUUUACACAUUGUGACGGGGAAUAUCGCAGCAUCCUCAGGACUGACAUCUGGGAAAGGCUCAGAUCCACUUACUGCUCCUUGCUUGUUGACUUUGUUUUAAAAUAUUGUGCCUGGUGUCAACUUUUAAGCAACAGCACUGCCUAAAAGCAAGCAGAGAACAGAAUCCCAGCACCAUUCUAUAGGCAACUUUUUAGAAUUCAGAUAUAGUAAAUCUGUUCAAGAUUUAUGAUGUUUUAUGUAAAAAAAAAUUUUUGUACAACGUAGCUGAAUAUUUUUGUUUCAUUUCUUUGAUGUAAGGUGUGUGAACGAUUGUUUGAAUAUCACAUGUUUAAAGUCAGGUAUGGCACAAUGGGUUCUGAGACCAGCUUUCCCCCUCCCAUUUGCCUUGUUCCAAGUUCUUUGUUUUCAAAUUACUUUUCUGAUAUUUAGGCAAAUAUUUAAUUUUACUAAUAAGCAUCCUGUGUGAAUGUAUUAAAGAAGCCACUGUGUUUUAGUGUUGUAGUUUGCAGAAAUAUAAAGCUUCAUUUCUAAUUUGUCCCUUUUCUUUGGUGUCUUAAGGUUAUGUAUUAAAUCACAGAGAAGCGAGGGAGAAAGUUGGAAGAUAUCUACCGUUCAUAUCACUUGAUUCUAUGGGGGGGUUAUAUUAGAAUUGAGGAUGUGGCAUAUUAAAACUGGAACAUGGGCAAACGUAUUGUGCUCCAUUUUAAAAUUAUAUCUUCUAAUUAAGUUUGUAUUUGAAUUUCUAAGAGUUUCUAAAAAUCACUAAUGCCACCUAUAUGUUGAAAUCAAAUAGCAAGGCACAGAGAAAGCACAAGAAAAAAAUAGGUUAAGUGUGUUUGAUAGAACCACAGACAUAUGGUUCAUCAUUUCUAAUCCAAGGCUAGAUUUUCUAGCAAUAAAAACUGACUGUGUCCCAGUACUCACUUGUUUCUAAGGUGUUAUAUUCUGAGUUUCUGAGGGAUUUUAAUAGCUUUGUAAAAUACAUUGACUGAUCAGUAGUAUCAGUCCCAGAAAACAUCACCAGUUUCUAAUACCUUUGGCAGGCCAUAAGAAUAAUGGUUUAUAGCAAGCAAAGACUUUAUGGCACAUUUUCAAAAUAGCACUCAUUCAUCCAUGAUUUUGACAGAAAUGUGAAUUUUCACAUUUGUAAGGCAGUCUCCUCUUUCUUUCUUUAAAAAAAAAACAAAAAAAACCUUUCUGAAUAUGUGUAGAAGAUUUGUUUAACCUUUUUCUUCUGAAUUGUAUCAUUUUUAUAGAACUCUGAAUUAUAGGUAGACAAAUUAACUAGGGAAAUUAGAAUAUUUUUCUAAGCCAGGAACUUCAACUAAAGUUUUGGAAUUAUACACAGCUGAGAAAUUUUAUACUGUGGUUGCUUUGGGUGAUUUAAAUUUUUUAAUAGCAUCAUGAUCACCAAAUUUGAAUUCAAGCAUAAGUAAAUUAGUACAUCUAUAAACCUGGCUUAUUUACCAAAGUUGUACUCUGUUUAAGAACAGGAUGCCAACAGCAUCUUUCAUUUUACAAAAUGAUAAUGUAAAUCUUUAUUGUGUAGGUGUCACCUAAAAGCUUAAGGAUAAAAAGAAAAUCCUUAUACCUAUACUGCAGAGUGUUCUGAACAAGAUCCACAGAAAGAAAGGGCGGGGGGAACCAACAUUUCUUUUUAAGAAGGUGGUAAGGGGGAGCGUGCAUGUUUCUUGUUUAAACCAAAUACCGUCUUUAUGUCUGUUUCUCUGUUAAAUCACAAGUCCUACAGCAAGAAAUAGGGAGACACCAGGAAAAGCAAGCUUUAUUAACCUAGUUAGUAAUUUCUUUUGGCAUAAUAAGUUUGUUUCGUUAGAGUUGGGUUAUUCUUGGAACCAAAGGAAAACAAGCACCUUGAGGUUUUAUUCAACAAACAUGCCAUUGAAGCAGUGGAAGUUUUUAAGUAAAAUAGUUUUUACAUUCAAAGCAUAUGAAAUAAAGACAUUUCUGCCUAUUAAAUGUUAAUUUUUAAUGGCACGUAGUAUAAACAGCGUUGUCUUGAAAUUAGAAGUUAUGUCAUCAGAAAUAAAUCACACUGCAAAAGGUCUGCAAAUGCCAAGUGAUACAGUUCUUUUGGCAUCGGUACAUUCAGCUUUUCAGAAACUUUCAGAAGGCAUAGUUUGGCUCCUGUUAGUAAUUAUUUUUUUUUAUAGCAAUCUCCCCAAAUUUAGCUAAUUUCCCUGUUGGUAUGUCUGUUACUUUUAACUCUGAAGCAUAAGAAGUGGUCCUUUCUUGCUCAUUUCAGUUUUGUGUUAAUUUCUAAAUACUGAUACAUGACUGUGUUUGCUUUCAAGCUAGCAGUAGUUAUAUGUACCACAUUUGUUUAGUUAUCUUUAAUUCACAGGAUUGGCUCAGCGUUGAUGUGUCAGAUAAUGGCUUUGCUUCUUACUGAAUAGGCUUAGUUUCCUGCUACUUGUUUCAGCCUUGAUGCAGUAAGCGAUACAAUAGUCUGGGUGUGUGUGCAGAAACUGUACUGCCCUUCCUCUGCUUGACUUGCUAAAAAUAUAUUCCCUUACCUUUGAAAUUCCUGAGCGGUGCUCUGCCAGCUUUUUUGGGGGGGGAGGUUUGAAUGGCUGUGAUACUGCACACUGGAUCGGGAAUUGUUCGGUGUCAUGAGUGGCAAACUUCGUAAACACCAGCAGCACUGAGAAGUGCACUAUGGGCAUUCGUACAGUUGUCCAAAUGCAAGCGAUUCUUUCAUCUAGGAGAGACUGAGGAAUAGAGUUUAUGGGAGCACUCGAAGUAUUUUGAGGAGGGUGUACAUUUCAGUUUUGCUUUUUGUUAUCUUGAGUGGGGUGGUACGAAUGGAGAUUUUUGUUAGGUUUUUUUAAGAGAAAGAGUAUAUAUGUACCUUUUCUCUCUGAAAGGGCCAGGUAUUGGUCAAAUUCACCAUGAAUUAAUUUGUAUCUUCUAUUGUGAUUUCUUUUGACUAUAAAACAAGUGCCAACUCAUUGUCCAUGAGAUGACUUAGUCUUCUACUCAGUUUAUCAUUUGAAUUGGGAAGGGUUCAUUUAUUUUCAGUACUUGGCAUUAAAUUGAUUGUUUUGCAUACACUUGAGUCAUUCUGUGGCCUAGAAAGUGUUUUUGUAACUAGUUUAAUGGUUGAAAGCAAAUACAUGAGUUUAAAACUGAGCAACUUGUUUUGGUAAUUUUUUCCCUGAAUACUUGGUAGUUUCUAUUGAUACUAUUCCAAAACAAAUCUGUUUUCCGUUGUGUAUUUAUUUUGCUUUUGUCCUAAAAAGAAAAAGUCUAGCACUAAGGUUUUCUUUUUUAAAAAAUUAGAUUUAAUGAAGUGCCAUGUAAUUGUAGCUUACUAGUGUUUAAUGUUUAAUAGAUUGGUUCUGUAGUGUUCUAAUCAUUUAACACUCUGUCAUCCCUGGAGAAGGUGGUUCUACUCUUACCGAACACAUUCUCUUUGACAAAAUCACCAGCUGAUUUAUUUUUCUAUUUAUUACAGUUAAACAGUUGAUGAGGUCUGAAUCUUGACCAAGCUGCUCAGCUGAGAUGUUUUUCACAAUAGACACUGUACAAAGUGUGUGUGCAAAAGGACACAGUUGAGUGGUAGUUUUUUUCAUUAAUGUGAACAUUGACUAAACAAAGCAGCCCUGCCUUUGAAAUCCGUGGCAGCUCAGAAGGGAGGUGCUUAAGAACCUUAACUAUUACGUCAGAUGACAAAAUACUUUUUUCCAUUUUGGAGAUUGGGUACUGCUCACACGUGAUGUAUAGGGCUAAAUAUAUGCUUGUUUCCUUGCACCCACCUGUGUAUUUCCCCUUCUCUCCUUCACUUUUCUUUCCCUGUAGGCAAUAAAUGGCCAUUUUGCAACUGCA